CGCUUUGGAGACGACCUUCAGCUUGUUUUCAGAGAGAUUCUGCUAGUGCCCAGGCACUUCGGGCCGUCUCAGAGGUCGUUCGUGACCGCCGCUGCUCCCCUCCCAUGAGGGUUGGUUUCGCCCGUGACGUCGUCUCAUUCACAAGUCCUGGCCGUAGCGAAUAAAAGGCGGAGGUGCCGCGCUUUACUCCAGCAGCAGUGUGGCUGAAGCAGGCAGAAGCAUAGAAGCGGCUGGGGUUUCUAAAUAACCCAUUCGCCUAGCCGAGGACUCGCUCAAUUCGGAUACUCAUCUGGGAAAGAUAUACCACCCUGAAGGGCUUUUACACCCCCAGAUUAGCCGACAUGAUGUAUCAGGGUUUCACAGCUGACUACGACGCGUCUUCCUCCCGCUGCAGCAGCGCUUCUCCGGCUGGGGACAGCCUCACAUACUAUCCCUCACCAGCGGACUCUUUCUCCAGCAUGGGCUCGCCUGUCAACUCACAGGACUUCUGCACGGACCUAGCCGCCUCCAGUGCCAACUUCGUCCCCACCGUGACUGCUAUUUCCACAAGUCCAGACUUGCAGUGGAUGGUGCAACCGACUCUGAUCUCCUCAGUGGCCCCUUCCCAGAACCGAAGCCACCCCUACGGGCUCCCUGCUCAUCAGACCGGUGCCUACUCCAGGGCUGGGAUCGUCAAGACGACAGGAAGCAGAGGGCAAAGCAUCGGCAGGAGGGGCAAAGUUGAGCAGCUGACACCAGAAGAGGAGGAAAAAAGGAGGAUCCGUCGGGAAAGGAACAAGAUGGCAGCUGCUAAAUGCCGCAACCGGAGGAGGGAGCUGACGGACACGCUUCAAGCGGAGACCGACCAGUUGGAGGAGGAGAAAUCCGAGCUGCAGACCGAGAUCGCCAACCUGCUCAAAGAGAAAGAGAAGCUGGAGUUCAUCCUGGCCGCCCACCGCCCCGCUUGCAAGAUCCCGGAAGAGCUGCAGUUCUCCGAGGAGCUGGCCGUCUCCACGCUGGAUCUGCUCGCCGAAGCCCCCGUGGCCAGCUCGCCCGAGUCCGAGGAGGACGCCUUCGCCCUCCCCAUGCUGCACGAGCCGAGCCGAGCCGCGCCGGUCAAGGAGAGCAGCGGCCUGGAGCUGAAGGCCGAGCCUUUCGAUGACUUCUUCGCGCGCUCCACCCGCGAGACUCCCCGCUCCGUGCCGGACAUGGACCUGUCCGGCUCCUCUUCCUUCUACGCGGCGGACUGGGAGCCCCUGGGGGCCGCGGGCCACGUGGACCUGGAGCCGCUUUGCACCCCGGUGGUGACCUGCACGCCGUGCCCCAGCACCUACACCUCGUCCUUCGUCUUCACGUACCCCGAGACCGAGGCCUUCCCGAGCUGCGCCGCCGCGCACCGGAAGGGCAGCAGCAGCAACGAGCCGUCGUCCGACUCGCUCAGCUCGCCCACCCUGCUGGCCUUGUGAAGAAGGGACGCGAGAUCCCCGAGCCGUCGCUGCGGGCCUAGGGGCAUCACCACGGCGGAGACCGAGCCAACCCGCCCUUGCUGCUGCUGCAUGGGGCUUUAGGCCGCAAAGGAGCCGCUCUCUCCUUCCUGUGGAGCUCCGAGAUCCCACCCGAGGCCUAGGGAAAGACGAAGCCCUCCAUUCCGGAGGUUUGGUACGGGCAGCCCACUUGGAGGGAAAUGACUUUGCUGGAGGGGCUGCCUCGCAGCCUGACGCCAAGCCUGAUACCUCUUCCAGAGAUGUAGCAAAACCGCAUGGAAUCUGUCUUGUCCCCCAUCAAUGAGAACUAGUAGUUUCGUAGCAUGUUCAACAUGGCUGGGUUGGUGACUCCCUUCCCUCCUCUUUACUAUUCACUAGCAUUAACUAAUCUGUUGGUUUAAUGAUUGGAAUUCUUAAUAUGGUGCUGGGUAUCUUCAACUCGUAUCUAGUGCAGCUGACUAACAAUAACUACUGUGUUCCUGGCAAUAUCGUGUUUUGAUGACUUAGCAAUGACCCAACUUAACUGCGAAAAGAUACCGUUUUAUUUUCUAGUAGAUUAAUAAAUAGCUAUGUUGUCCAUGUACUAAAGUUCUCCUUGUACAUCAAUGUUCAUUGUAACUUUAACUGAUCAUACAUUGUUGAAGUGGUCUGAAUGGUUUGACAUAAGUUUUCCAUGAAAACGUUUUUAUUGUGUUUUUAAUUUAUUUAUGGAUAUAUUUAAUUUUUUAUUUUAUUUUUUUCUACCUUGAGGUAAUUGACAUGUGGAAAGUGAAUUUGGAUGACAUUUAAGCAUUGUUUGCUUACUGUUCAAGACACUGUCAAUAAAAGCAUUUAAGUUGAAUGCUAUAAA